GCGCCUGUGCGGCCUCCUGGUCUUCGCUCUGGCGUUGGCGGGGUCCUCGGGCGACUGCGAGGAGUGCGCAGCGGAGGAGCAGACGCUGACCCUGCUCCAGGCGCAGUCGCAGCUCCGCUCGGGGGCGAUGUCCAUGUCCCUGGUGAAGAAGACGCGCAAGACCAAGUCGUCGAGCGCUGGGCACAAGAUGGCAUACUUCGGCCUCGUGGACGUCGGGACGCCGCGCCAGGGCUUCUCCGUGGUCUUCGACACUGGGAGCGGCAACCUCAUCGUGCCGGGCAGCGACUGCGACAGCCACGCGUGCCAAAUCCACAGGAGAUUCACCAUGAAGAAGUCCAGCUCCGCAAAGGCUGUGAACUGCGACGGCUCCGCAGUGCGCAGGGGGCACUACCCAGACGAGAUAACCAUCACCUUCGGCACUGGGAGCAUCAGCGGGCGCUGCAUCCAUGACCAGAUUUGCAUCGGCAGCGCCUGCACCGAGGGUGACUUCAUCUCGGAGCGCCUGUCGAAAGCCGGCACGCUGCGGAAACCGCUGUUCUCCGUGUUCCUGUCGGACUCUAGCCUGGAGACCUCGGAGAUCACGUUCGGGGAGAUCAAGAGCGAGCACAUGGCCUCCGACUUGUUCUGGGUGCCGGUCACGGGCACCGCGGGCUACUGGGAGGUCCGGAUCGAAGACAUCACCAUCGACAAGGCCCGGCAGGGUAUCUGCAAGGACUGCCGCGUGGCCGUGGACACUGGCACCUCGCAGCUGGCCGGCCCGAGCGCCCUCGUCGAACAUAUGAUCGACCUGCUGAACGUGGCGCCCGAUUGCCGGAACUUCGACUCGCUGCCGGAGCUGGGCUUCAUCAUCGGGGACAAGAUCCUGACCCUGUCUCCCAGCCAGUACGUGGAGAAGUUCGGGUCGAGCUGCAGUGUGGCGCUGAUGAGGCUCGACGUGCCGCCGCCAAACGGUCCCUUGUUUGUGUUCGGCAUCCCGUUCCUGCAGAAGUACUACAGCGUCUAUGACCACGCCAACUCCCGGGUCGGCUUCGCCGUGGCCAAGCAUGCCGGUGAGACGCCCCCCGCGCUCCUGUCGAUGGCCGACGCCCGGCCCACCGCGCACUCGCGCGCGGGCCACCCCGUCGCCUGA